UUCAUCCUUGAGGAAAUUAGUUUUUCACGUUGGAGAUUGUUAUAAUUAAAUGCAGAAAAUUAAGAACAGAAACGAGAACUUUCAAUAGAGAUUAUAUAGUGCUGUGUCAAGUGCCUGUGUAAUUGGAUAAAGCAAAAACAUGAGGUUGAUUUUGGUAAUCUCUUGUUUAAUUGCGGUUCUAUCAUUGGGUCAAACUGAAAAAAUAGCAGAAUCAAAAAAAUCCGAAGUUACGAAACUAGAAGUCGUGAAAUUGGACGGAGAGGAUAUAAAUGCUGAAUCAAAACCUUCAACAGUUCAACGAAAACGAGAUUCAGGUUACGCAUACAAUAGACCUGAUAGGCUUGCGUCCGGACACAAAUACCACUCUCGCCCAGCAUUUGGUCAAUCAGGAUACAGAGGAAGGAUCGUGACUAGGUAUCCUAGUCAGAUAAACCGUCCUUUCAAUAGAUACGGUCCACCGAGCCAAAGUUCACAGCUGACGAGGCCGAACCAACAAUACAAUGGACAUGGUCAGCAUUUCUCUAGUCAGCAACAGCAUCGGGAUAAUCACCAACAGCAGCAGCUGCAACAACUUCACAAUCAAUUGUCUAAUAGAUUUAAUCAACAAAGUAGUGGACUGUGGAACCAGGAAGUGCCCAGUCCGAUUAGACAUCUUGAUUUUGUACAGCCAAGUCCAAUAGCCAGUCAAAACAAUGAACCAUUCAGUUCGAAUACAGCCAAUUAUUUGCCACCGAAAAAUCAAAAGUUACCUGCAUAUACGUCACCUGAUACUUUUGCUUCACAUCAGCAAUCACAGCAGCAGCAGCAGCAGCAACAGCAACAGCAACAGCAACAGCAACAACAACAACAGCAGCAGCAGCAAUUUUUUCAGAAUUCUCAAAGUCAUGAUCAAGGCUUGAAUAUACAGAAUCAAAACUUCAUUCAAGUUCAAGGUCAAGGACAGGAUCAGUCGAUUUCAGAUGCAGCCCUCUUCCUGGCUCAAAAUGCUCAAGCUAUUUCCCAACUGUAUGGUGCACCUGAUGCUGAUGAAAGUUUCGCUCCUAGUCGUGAUGAAUUUACCGGACAGAAUAAUCAACUUCAGAAUCAAAACAAUCAAUUCGAGACUUUUGGAAAUGAUGGAUCAUCUUCACAAUAUCAGAGACCUCCUUUACCUUCUUACGCAUCAGGUACAUUAAGUAAUCAGGAAUCUCUGGAGCAGAUUCAAUCUUUGGAAAAGGACCGAUUGAUAGCUCAAUUGCAGCAAGCUCUAAUAAGUCAAAGUCAGUCUCAGAGUAGCCAAUAUUCUGAUCAGUAUGCACGCAAUCAUGGAAAUUACGUUCAAAAUCAAAAUUUAUUAGCCUCUCUCGGUUCUCAAUUUGGACAAACUAGUGAGCCAUCCAAGUUUAACGAGCAGAAUAAUCAAAACAGUGGUUCCGCCAUUACUCUGCCUUUUGGCACCGGAAAUACCGCUUUUGGACAAACUCCCUUUCUGCCAGGAAAUACUAGUCCAUCCAGCUUCACACUAGGAUAUGGACUUUCGACAACAACACAGGCACCCACUACCACCACUUCAACGACUACAACUACGUCCACAUUGGCUCCCAUUCAGCCUCCUCCGGGUACAAGCAGCGACGGCAGUUCUCAAGUGGGUACAUCAUUGCCAGCACCAGGAUCUCCAGGCUUUCCGCAAUAUGGUGGAUUCGUGCCUACUCUCAUAGGAGGAACUAAUUUUAUUGCGAACGUUCCCAGCUAUGGCACUAGCUUCGUAGGUCCCAGUUCAGUAUCCACAGCCGUACAAACGUCAGGAUCAUCGCCGACUCACUUUGGGCUUCCUAUUCCCAGUGAAUCUGAUCACAAACCACCUAUGUCUUCUCCACCUGUUUCAGUUUCUCCAGCUUUACCAGCUUCUCAUGUUCAAACAGUUCAUCCUGUUCAUCCUGUCAGUAUUUCAGGAACUCCUGUUCAUCCAAUAUCUAUUCCUAUUCAGCCACUGCACCCAGUUACUUCUCCAGUACAUGCAAUUUCUACACCUAUACAUCAAAUUGCUCCUCCUGUUCAUCCUAUUCCUGCUCCUACUCAUCCUAUCGCAAAUCCUGCUCAUCCUGUGAAUUCUGUCGCAGCUAGUGCGCACCCAACUUAUGGAAUUCAAUCGACUGUUUACAAUCCUCUUAUUUACAAACCAGUUAAGGCGGUCUAUCCUGUAUUUUACUAUCCUAAUUUGGCAUACCAGUUGCAGAAACCCUCCUUACCGACGUAUCCGUGGAGUUACGCUCCUUCCUUUACUCAACCCAAGCCUGCUCAAAUUUGGAAAUGAAAAAGAUAUAGCAAUAUGAUAUAGUUCCUUGGGUGGAAAUCGUUACUACUUUUUUUAAUUGAAUGGAAUUGACUGUAUUUGGUAUAGUUUUCUUUUUCUAACUCUCAAUGCACAUUCCUCUCAGUGUUGAGGGGUUGUAAAUACAUAGCUUGUAUUUAUUGUUAUUAUUUUUUUUAAAUAAACGUACGUUUUCCUAUUAUGUUU